CAUUAAUGAGUGCAGGAGCCCAUUGUUAUUAACUGGAUCAUUUUAUAAUGUGUACAUUUCCAGGAAGGGGUUAAUGAGAGGUUCAGCCCAUGUGACUUCCUGUCUGAGAGUGGGGUGUAGGGGGCACAGUGGGGAGGAAGUCAGUAUCAUCAUGUCCCUAAUGCAGAGCUGGGUCUUCUGCCUUCUCAUCCCGACCUGUUUCACCCAGAACGUUGUGAUCACCCAGGAGCCAAGAUCCAUUAUAACCAGAGCUGGUUCUGCCGCCCUAAUGAGAUGUGAGCAGAAGACAAGUGACUAUGAAUGGAUGUUCUGGUACCAACAGAGAGACGGGCACGGCCUACAGCUCAUCUCUACUCAGCUCCGGGGAGACAAACCUACAUAUGAAGAGGGCUACAAAGAUGGCUUCCAGGUGAACAGAACUGAAAAUGGAAAGAUCAGUUUCCUGGAGAUCAAAUCCCCGAAGCCCCAAGAUCAGUCACUUUAUCUGUGUGCGGCCAGUGAUGCACAGUGACACCUCCCAACCCACUGCCUUUGUACUAACCCCCCCACUGACACACUCAUAUCCCCCCACUCACUGACACUCAUAUCCCCCACUGACACUCAUAUCCCCCCACUGACACUCAUACCCCCCACUGACACUCAUACCCCCCACUCAUACGUACCCCUAGAUUUACUUUUGCCAAAAUGUUCCACCCCAUUUCAGCCAUAAAAAGAAAACGGUGCAAUUACACAUAAAAUAUAGAGGGGAAUAGAACAACCCCACAGUGAUUUCUAAUAUCCUUAUCAUUUACAGUAGGGGGUACAUUAUCCCUUAUAAUACAUGAGUGAUA